AUGUUAGUUCUUGCCCACCUUUUAGUGUUGACCACCUUCACAAACACCGACCGGAAGCUUAUCAGCUUCAUGACGUUGAUCAGAGGGCUGCCCGUGAACGCAAGUCGGUUUUCCCAGUACUUGCUGUCCAAUUUUGGCUUGGACCAAAUUACUGCUACUGAGCACCAUGCGGCUCAAAAGCUGAAUGCCAAUAGCUGCGCAAGCCUUUCCGUGGUCAACAUGCUCAAUGAGUUGGCGCGCAAUGUUAUCCUUGAAGAAGAAGAAGAAGAGAGCCAGAUGCUUCAAGAAGGUGGCAAUCUGACCCACAGAAGAAAUGAACUACGAAUAGAACUGCCAUCCUCUAAGGAACCCCACCCCACCCCACCCCACAUGCCGGCAUCCAUGUCAGCACCGUUGCGUGCCGGCAGCGGCGGCGGCGGCGGCCCCUCCGCCAGCUCUUCCGACAACGUGCUGGCGUCACGUAUGCUGGACAACAUCCUCAGCCUCCGGUUAAUGCUUGGUCCGCUGGACUCCGAAGUGAAAGAGGAGGAAGACGACGCUGCGUCAUCGUCAUCAUUGGCGGCGGCGCCUGUACGUUCGUGUGCCGGCAUCGCCAUGGCCGCCGCCGCCACCGGAGACUUCUGCGUUGUUAUCGAAGAUGUUACGGAGCUGCUGCGGCGGCCGGAUGAUGGCCCCCGGGUGAUCCUGGUAAUGGUGGUGAUGGUGGUGAUGGUGGUGAUGGUGGUGGUGGCCGUGGUGGUGGUGGUGGCCGUGGUGGUGGUGAUGGUGGUGGUGAUGGUGGUUGUGGUCGUGGUGGUGAUGGUGGUCGUGGUGGUGAUGGUGGUCGUGUUGAUGGUGUUGGUGGUGUUGGUCGUGGUGGUGGUCGUGGUGGUGGUGGUGAUGGUGGUGAUGGUGGUGAUGUUGGUGACGGUGAUGGUGGUGAUGGCGGUGCAGAGGGCACCACAGGAGAAACAGGCGUUGGUGACGGCGUCGGUCCGGAUGUCGUGA